CCAUCAUCCUCGCCAAAACACUGUGUACUUAUCUUUUUCGUGUGGAAUAAAAUUCCAAGGCCUUCAUCAUAUUUAUAUCUUUCAUCUCCCCAAACUUAUUUUCUCAGAUCACUAACUAGAAAAUCUAUGCGUGAGUAUGACAGCCUCAAACGCAUCAUCGCGCAUGCUGGAGCUCAUCCGGCAGCACCUCCUCGAAGACGCGGACUCCUUCUUCGACAACGUGACUACGCUCUGUUUCUCAGAAAUCGAGUCUCCUUCAUCCGGGUCGGAUCUCAAAUCUCCGGUUGCCCAGGAUGAUUUGCAGAUAAUUAAGGAGGAGCCGGAGUCGGUGAAAGGCGAAAUGGAAUACAGUGCGGGGAGGCGGUACAGGGGAGUGAGGAGGAGGCCGUGGGGGAAGUAUGCGGCGGAGAUAAGGGAUCCGACGAGGAAAGGGAGCCGGGUUUGGCUGGGGACUUAUGACACCGAUGUGGAUGCGGCAAGGGCAUAUGACUCUGCUGCUUUCAAGAUGAGGGGCAGAAAGGCUAUUUUGAAUUUUCCGUUUGAAGCCGGGAAAACGUCGCCGCCGUCCAACGCCGGCAGGAAAAGGAGACGAGAGAGGAUACCAACAACAGAUAAUUAACUGCUAGUAUUUGGCAAAUUAUGUACUAUUACUAAGAUACUACUACAAUACUUGUGUGUGAGAUGCUACUACUAUAUUUUGUAUAGUGAAAGUUAUACUGUUUUGAAUAGUGGAGUAGUUCUAAAUGUAGACCACCCAAGUUAAAUUCUACGUAGCUUCAUUUAAUUAUCAUUCGUGACUUAUAUUA